AUGAAGGAAAGAGUGAAUGAGAUUUCGGACUUUAGGUAUUUUUCCGUACCCUUUAAAAGAAAACGUCACAGAAGUGUUCAUCAAGUACGUGGUCCUCCAAGUUUGGAAGAACAACUCCUUCCUCAUGUGGACGACCAGGCAGAUGGUCCACGUGAAUAUUACAUUGUAAAAGAACGCAAACCUCGUUCUACGCCUAUAAAAAGGAGGAAAAAACGUGCUCAUAGCCGUGCUGGUGUACGUCGCCGAAUGAUUAUUGAUAUCCAUUUAGAAGUCUUAGACGAAUGUCAAAAGGGGGAAUUACAUUCGACGAGGGAAGACUUUUUUGAAAUUUUGGUUCGACAAUUUAUGGGAAGCAAAUUUAUGAAGGAAGAUGUUCCUAUGGAAAAUGUCCCUAAGGAAGAAGUUCCUAAGCAAUAUGUUCCUGAGGAAGAGGUUCCAAGUUCAGAUUCUGGGUUUGGGGCGUAG